AUGUCCUCUGGUAAAGAGACAAUCGCUGGAGAAUGGAUCCCAGGCCCUCUGGGUAUGGGAACUGAACUGGUACACGCCUCAGUCGCCCCCGACAAUGAGACGGGUGCCAUUCUGACUCCGCUCUUCUUGUCGACUACCUUCGUCCAAGAGUCCGUAGACAAGUAUCUUGCCAAG